GGAUGGCGUGGCUCUCAGCCCCGCCAGAUCGCAGGAGCCAGGCGCCGGGGCGCUGCGCUGAGGCUCCCGCUUGUCGCAGCCCAGGAAGCCUGCAGGUGUCCUUGGCCACUCGGCCACCGCCCGGGAGACUCCUUCGCAGUGCCCAGAGCCCUGCUCCCGGGAGCUGCCCCGCCCCCAAGCUCGGCGCCGCGCAGGACGCCCCGUCCGAGGCCCCCCCGCCCCGGCACGGCCCCCGCAGCGCAGCGCCCAGCGCAGCGCAGCUCCCCGCCGCUGUCGAGCCGCGGACGCAGGACCAGAGGCUCGCUCCUGCGGGCGCGCUUGUUUUCCUUGUGCCGCCUCGCUCUGCGCAGCACCCGCCCGCCCGAACGCCGCGUUCCGCUCCGCCCCGCCCGCCAUCCGUGCCCUGCGCUGGAUUUAUGAAUGGGGGGAAGAGGCCACAUGCCGCCGCCGCCGCCUUGUGUUGACCGCACGCAGCCCGGGCCCGCGGAGCUCCGGCUGCCGUGAGAGCGCCGGCCCAGCCUCGGCAGCCGCUUGGAGGACUUGUUGCUGCUGCGUUGCUUCCGCCGCCGCCGCCGCAGCUCCCGGGUCUCGGCGCGGACUGGGAGCCAGAGGGUGGCCCGUGUGAGUGUGAGCGCGCGCAGUGCGCCUGGACAGUGCGCUUCCCCGUCUGUUGGGGGGUGCAGGGGGGCGUGUCCCGGGCCCCGAGCGUCUGGGUGUCCAGUGCUAGCGGGGGAAGUGUGUGUGUGCUAGCCCUGACUCCCGGGCGCCUCGCUUGGGUCCUCGGCUCUCCUUUUCCCCUCCUGCCUCCCUCCCCGGCGCUGCCAGCCCAAACCGCAACCACCUGUGCCCGCGAGAAAUCCAACUCCUCCCGCUCCGCGCCCCGGGGGGGAGGCAGGGGCAGGGCCACGCCGCAGAGGGGGCCGCCGCGGCCUCCUGCCUCCUCCUGGUCUCCUCCCCCUCCCCCGUCUGACGCUGCCUCCUCUGGAAGGGUGUUUGGAGGGCAGCGGCCGCCCCAAGCCGAAGCCCCGCAGCGCUUCUUAUGAUCAGCUCGGUGUGUGUCUCCUCCUACCGCGGGCGCAAGUCGGGGAACAAGCCUCCGUCCAAAACAUGUCUGAAGGAGGAGAUGGCCAAGGGCGAGGCGUCGGAGAAGAUCAUCAUCAACGUGGGCGGCACGCGACAUGAGACCUACCGCAGCACCCUGCGCACCCUACCGGGCACCCGCCUCGCCUGGCUGGCCGAUCCCGACGGCGGAGGCCGGCCCGCGUCCGAUGGCGGUGGUGCAGGCAGCAGCGGCGGCGGUGGCUGCGAGUUCUUCUUCGACCGGCACCCGGGCGUCUUUGCUUACGUGCUCAACUACUACCGCACGGGCAAGCUGCACUGCCCCGCCGACGUGUGCGGGCCUCUGUUUGAGGAGGAGCUCACCUUCUGGGGCAUCGACGAGACCGACGUGGAGCCCUGCUGCUGGAUGACCUACCGGCAGCACCGCGACGCCGAGGAGGCGCUCGACAUCUUCGAGAGCCCAGACGGAGGCGGCGGGGGCGCGGGGCCCGGCGACGAGGCUGGCGACGAUGAGCGGGAGCUGGCCCUGCAGCGCCUGGGGCCCCACGAGGGAGGUGCGGGCCCCGGCGCCGGGUCCGGGGGCUGCCGCGGCUGGCAGCCCCGCAUGUGGGCGCUCUUCGAGGAUCCCUACUCCUCCCGGGCGGCCAGGGUGGUGGCCUUUGCCUCUCUCUUCUUCAUCCUGGUGUCCAUCACCACCUUCUGCCUGGAGACGCACGAGGCCUUCAACAUCGACCGCAACGUGACGGAGAUCCACAGGGUGGGGAAUACUACCAGUGUGCGCUUCCGGCGGGAGGUGGAAACGGAGCCCAUCCUGACCUACAUCGAGGGAGUGUGCGUACUGUGGUUCACGCUGGAGUUCCUGGUGCGCAUCGUGUGCUGCCCCGACACGCUGGACUUCGUUAAGAACCUGCUCAACAUCAUCGACUUCGUGGCCAUCCUGCCCUUCUACCUGGAGGUGGGGCUGAGCGGCCUGUCGUCCAAGGCGGCUCGCGACGUUCUGGGCUUCCUGCGCGUCGUGCGCUUCGUGCGCAUCCUGCGCAUCUUCAAGCUUACGCGCCACUUCGUGGGGCUGCGCGUGCUGGGCCACACCCUGCGCGCCAGCACCAACGAGUUCCUGCUGCUCAUCAUCUUCCUGGCCCUGGGCGUGCUUAUCUUCGCCACCAUGAUCUACUACGCGGAGCGCAUCGGCGCCAGGCCUUCCGACCCGCGGGGCAAUGAUCACACCGACUUCAAGAACAUCCCCAUCGGCUUCUGGUGGGCCGUGGUCACCAUGACGACGCUGGGCUACGGGGACAUGUACCCCAAGACGUGGUCAGGCAUGCUGGUGGGGGCGCUGUGUGCACUGGCCGGCGUGCUCACCAUUGCCAUGCCCGUGCCUGUCAUUGUCAACAACUUCGGCAUGUACUACUCUCUGGCCAUGGCCAAGCAGAAGCUGCCCAAGAAACGGAAGAAGCACGUACCUCGGCCGCCCCAGCUGGAGUCGCCCAUUUACUGCAAGUCGCAGGAAACCUCGCCCAGGGACAGUACCUACAGUGAUGCCAGCCCCCCUGCCCCAGAAGAGGGUGUGGUUGAGAGGAAACGGGCAGACUCCAAGCAGAACGGCGAUGCCAGCGCGGUGCUCUCAGACGAGGAGGGAGCCGGCCUCACCCAGCCCCUGGCCUCCGCCCGCACUCCGGAGGAGCGCCGGGCCCUGCGACGCUCCGGCACCCGAGACAGAAACAAGAAGGCAGCUGCCUGCUUCCUGCUCAGCGCUGGGGACUUUGCCUGUGCCGAUGGUAGUGUCCGGAAAGGGACGGGCAUGCUCACGGCACCCCCGUGGUGGGCACAGAUGUCUCCAGGCGACAUGAUGCAGGAGUGCCAGGCUGGAGCCCCUAGUGCCUUGGGAGGUGGGCUCCCACACACCCCUCCUGUCUCUCUGGCUUCUGUAGGGUUGACACAGGAUUGAGCGUGAGCUGACGGGAGAGCUGAGUAGGCUGCCUGCCCCAGCUCCUCUCAGGGCCCUCAGAAAGGGCAAAGUGAGCCCUGGAGUUUACAGAGCCCCACUGUACACCAGGCCCUGCCUGGGGAGGGCCUCAGGCUUGCCCAGGCCUUGGGCCUCCCUCCUCAGGAGAGGGCUCUCCCUCCCACCCACAAUCUGAGAGUGCAGUUUGCUUUACCUUGGAUCUGGACUUGGACCUCCACCCAUUACUUUGGCUUCUAACAGCCUUUCCCCUGCAGCUGGGGCCCGGCCGCUCCCUGUAGAUCAGGGAAGCAGCCCGCUUAGGAGUUGUUACCCCUCCAGUUUGUACCAGGGCUGCUGACAAGCCUAGAGGCCACUUCUCAGCCCCCAGGGCUUCUGAGAGGGGUGGCUGGGAGCUGGAGCCAGAGGGGAAAGUACCUGUUCCGCCCAGAGCCCAGACUGCAUGGGAGUCAGAGGGGAGUCUGCAUAACAGCUCCGGCUGCCCUUUCGCAGAGCUUCCUGGGAGACGGGGGACCCUCUGCCCUGGCCAGAGAACAUCGCCUUCUCUGGCAUAAUGCCUGCCCCCACAGCAGCCUCCUGCCUGCCCUACCUGUGCCCCAGUUGAGAAGGUAGGGGAAGGGAAGGCCCAGACCACUGCCGUCCCAGGCUGAGGAGGAGAUGCCGAGAAGGGCUCACUGAGGGGUUGGGUUUCCUGCUGUCUCUCCUGAGAUGGGCACAGUCGUCCUUCCUGACCUCCAGCUGCUGGGACUCUGUUCCUGCCAGAUUGAGGAAGGGGACUGGGCAUGACACGGCAGCACACUCAGGAGCCUUCCUCACCGGCUCCCUGGGACAAUGGACUAGCCCCAGGUGGUGACAGCAGAUGGAGCUAUGUCAGGGGGGAGCACAGGCUGGGCAGGCAGCAGCCCAGGUGAUGGCCUGUGGGCUGUGAGCCACCACCCUACCAGGAACCUCUCCCACUGCCUCCAUGCCAGGCUGCAGAGCUGUGGUCCCUCUUCCCACUGCACUGCAGCUUUGAGGGCCUAAGGUCUCCUGGUUCCUGGAGCUCAUUACCUAACAGGCACGGAGAUAAGCUGUAACAUCACCUAUGGGUCACCGUGGCCCAGUGCUGGGUUGGCAGAGGGGUGAUGAAGGGCUCACCCCCUUUCCUCCCUAUCCCCACUCUUCCUGGACUCUUAGCUCUGGGCCCCACACCUUCCAGCUCCGCUCCUGGCCUACUCCUCAACCCACUGCCUAUAGGUCAGCAGCUGCCUUCCUUCUAACAUCUCGUUUUUUGUUUCUCCCUUUCUUUUGCUGAACUCCUUACCCACCACCUCCCCCAAGAAGGCAAUGUUGAGCCGAAAGUGUGUGUCCAAGUGUCUCACACCUGUGCUCUUUAAACACAGAGACCUGCCAAGAUGCCCUCUCGUCCAACUAUGCCCAGGCUGAAGUCCUCACCCUCUCUUAAAGCGGCACCAACGUGAGAGAGACAGGCAGACAGACAGAAAGCCAGAGGCUUAGGGCAGCUCUGGAACCCAGGCAAGAAUCUUUCGCUGGGAAAGACUCAGAUAUCCUUGAUUGCACAGGACUGAUGGGAAACCUCCCAUGUGACCCUCGGGGCCCAGAGCCAUUGGGUCUGAUGUUCUUGUUCUGUUGUACAUUGAAGAGAUAUAUAUGCACAUAUAGUGUCUAUAUUCAUACAUACUAUACUACUGUGUGUAGUGCAUGUGCUCUUGGUGGUCUGUCUUCUUCGUUAGGCUGUGUCUCCCCAGGCCCUCGCCCCACCCCCACCCUCACUCCCUUCCCCCUCACUGAUUCCUUGUUUCUGCUGAAUAUGUGUGUGGAAUAUCCCAGGAAAAGUGUACCUGGGAACUGCCAGUCCAGCUGGGUGGUCCCCGGCUAGACUCUCCCUCUUGGGAGUGUUUCCCCUGUGGUCCAGAGGCCUGUGGAAGGCCAGAUUGCCCCCUGGGGUCACUGCUCCACUAGCCUCACCCCAUCCCAGAUUGGGGCUCUACCUCCCACCCCACGCCCCAGUUGUUGGGGGACUUCCCGGGGCUCCUCUGCACCUUCUUCCACUCCUUUCUCCACCUUCCCUGUGUCCUUGACUGAGGGGGUGUUUCGUCUUUUUUUAUUUCUGGUUUUUUGUCCUGUCGCCUUUGUCCAUUUGUUUCCAAAGAUGCUGCUGGGCGGACGGGCAGGGAAGGGGUCUGUCUGCCCAUCUGGCUCAGGGGUCCGAGAAGGGAAUGCUGCGGGCGAGCGGAGACCAGUUGCAAUACAGUACUUCCUGGCUAGUGGCCAGAGUAUGCGUGCAAUAGCCGAGGCCAGGUGCCCCCUUCGACCUUGGCCUCUGCCCCUGCGUCGGCCCUCCCUCCCCACUCCCAGCCCGCCCUGCCCCUCCCUAGUGUUGGUCGUCCUUUUCUAAAGCUGUCCCCUCGUGUGUCUGAGGCGUGCCUAGGCUGGGCCCUGCCGCCCUGUCUGCAUGCCUUUGACUGUCGUGCUGUGCUCAAGCCCCAAUAAAGACAUCUGGAGCGUC